CUCCCUGGUGAAAGAGGUGGUACACGCCGAGAUGGCGGCGCCCGUGCUCAGGCGAGGGUUGCUGGGCUGGAGCUGGACGGGUGUUCGUGGCUGGGCUGCGGCAGCCUUUCCUAACUUGUUGCCCUUCAGAUGUGUCAGACCAGGACUUCUCAUCAAUCCACAUGCUGGUUGAGGGGAAGGGAGGUGCGGUUUGAUAAAUCUGAAGGAACCUGGCUUGGAGAAGCUCAUCUACACUGCAGGGUUUCAGGUAAAAGAUGUAUACUUUCAGCAGCUUAUCUGGACAGUACACCAUGGGAACAAAGAGAAAAAGAACAGAAGAGCCUAGCUGAGUUAGCUAGUUGGAUGGACAGGAUUUAUGAAAGGAAGCUUCCAGUCAGCUCUUUAACCGUAUCUCAGUUUAUAGACAACAUUUCUUCACGGGAGCAAGUGGAUCAAGCUGAAUAUUAUCUUUACAAGUUUCGUCACAGCCCUAAUUGCUUUUACUUGAGAGACUGGAGCAUUCACAGCUGGAUUAGGCAAUGCCUUAAGUUUGGUGCACAGGAUAAAGCUCUCUACACUUUGAAAAAUAAGGUACAAUAUGGAAUAUUUCCUGAUUAUUUUACUUUCAAUAUCUUAAUGGAUUCUUUUAUAAAAGAUGGCAAUUAUGAAGAUGCUAUGGCUGUAGUCACUGAGAUAAUGAUACAGGAAAAUUUUGAUGAAGUGUCUACACAGCUUCUAUCUCUCUACGUCAUGUACAAAUAUUUGGCCACCAAAUCAGAACUUACGUGGGAGGAAGAGAGAAAUCUUGGCGCAUCCCUGUUGUUAGCAGGCCUGAAGCAGACCAACACGGUGGGACUCAGCUCUCAGCUGUAUGGCUAUGCACUUCUUGGGAAAGUGGAGCUGCACAAGGGCCUACGAGCUGUGUACCACCAGAUGCCCCUGAUGUGGACCCCUGGGUACCUGAACAGGGCCUUGCUGCUGAUGGAGAAUGUCACAACACUGGCCGGGGAUGCAAAGCUCUGCAAGGAAGCUAUUGAUGUUCUGGAGGCCAUUUUGCAGUCCAGCCCCCUGACAGAAGCAUCUCAAGAAGACACCAAAGAACCAGAAGAACCCCCAAAGCAAGCAGAGUCAGAAGAAACAGAGGUGUCCCGACUGCCUGAGUACCUGGACCGAUUCAAGGAGCUGAAAUCUAAACUACAGUUGCUUGGCAAGGUGGAAUCUGCACAGUUGUCAACACUGACCACCCAGCUUGUCGAGGAAAAACUGCCAGCAGUUGAAGUAGAAGACAUUGCAAAAUACAUGGAGAAGCUGAAGGAGUGGGGGCAGGAGCGAGCAGUACUGCUCGAGAGAGAGCGAAUGCUGAGAGAAAAGGCCAGACUGGAGAUGGAAGCCCGGAAUGCAGAAGGAGCAUCCGUUUAAUAUUCCUGACUGAUAGACUUCUGUCAUGCUACAGAUACUCCUGGAAAUAAAAGAGAAGAUUGAGCUAUUACAAAGUGGGCUAACAGUCGUCAUGCUUGGUAGCCUUGGCUGUAUGCAGAUUAAAAACCUUUCCAUAUCUGACUUACAUAUCCACCAAGUAAGAGUGUUUUCCUCUGCUCCCACCCACCCCUUUUAUAUCUAUAAUUAUACUUUUUCUUCUGAAGAGCUCCAUUUUGUCUCUGUUGUGUCUAGGAGCAACUGUCUGUCAUCCAAAUGAUUCAUUUCUCAAAUGAGCUUGGUGGGAGAGCAUUCAAUCAGUUGCCACUGUCCCUGCCUGAUAUUACGCCAUUAAAAAAGGAAGAAAGCUUUCCAA